AACGCCUGACGGAAACCUAGAAAAUGGCGGUAAAAAUAUUUCCUCUCACAACAGAGAACCGACAGAGUAUUUAUGAAGCUUAAAUGUGACGAGGGAAGCUUGGGAAAGUGUGCGAUGGACCGUAAACCUUCUCCUGGUCCGGUGUACGUUCUUAGAGGGACGAUCGGUUCUGUCAACGCGCUAAAGUUUGUGCCAAAACCUAUUUCAAAUGAUGAGAUGUUAGUAAGUGGCUCUUCAAAUGGCAUAAUAAGCCUCUGGAAUCUGAAAACUAAACGGGUGCAGUCAAGCAUAGAUAAUCACCAUGGCAAAGCAGUGAUUGAAUUAGGCUUAACCAACAAGCCAAAUUUGAUAAGUCAUGGAAGAGAUGGGAAGAUCUUUAUCUGGGACAUAUCAAGCUCUGAGCCCCGCCUUCUCUCCCAGAUGGAAGGACCAGUUUUGGGAUUUUGCAAGUUCUCAAUCCUUGAUGAUGAUAAGGUUCAAUGGCUUGCAACAGCAUAUCAGUCUGAGGUUGUUAUCAACGAUCUCAAAACUAGUAAAGUGGCCCAUCGUCUUAAGCCUCAAGAUCACAUGAGUUUUGGUAUGUGCAUGUGCAUGAAGAUGUUUUGUUGUUCACAAACAAGUCAUCCCAUGAUCCUUUGUGGGUAUGAGAAUGGAAAAGUUGCAUUGUGGGAUAUCUCCAUGUGCAGAAUGAUGAGUCAUUUGGCAUCUCAUUCUGAAUCAGUUAUGUGUCUUAAUGUUGAUGAAGUCAAUCAUAAGGCUGUGACAGGGUCUGCCGACAACAAGCUCAGUAUAACCACAUUUGGUUUGGAUGGCCAGUUAUCAAGUACUGGUGAAGUCCAGCUGAAGACAGAAGGAGUUGCAUCAGUAAAAGUGAGAUGUGACUCACGGAUUUUAGCCUCAGGGGCCUGGGACGGCAGAGUUCGCGUUCACAGUUGGAAGAGUCUAAAGCCCCUAGCCGUGCUCAAUUACCACUGUGCGACAGUGAAUACCGUCGAGUUCUCAAGCGAAUCGUCAGCAGGGCGAAUGCUUAUGGCUGCUGGAUCCAAAGACUCACGCAUAAGCCUAUGGGAUAUUUAUAAUUGAGGUUAUAUGCCCCUCUCUUUUGCCUUGUGGGACGCACAGUGAAAGCAACAUUGGAUCCGCGUUCCGUAACAUCGUUUGCGCAUGGAUAUUAGAGGACGAAAGGUUUUCCGACAAGGACAUGAGAAAUAUUUACUUUCACCAGGGUCUACGUUCAGCAAUUUGGGGGGGAAAAGGUAUUUUACACUAUUGGAAGGAGUAUGUUUGAAAUUUGCGGGUUCCUUCGAUAAAGAGCGCUUAUCUUCAA